AUGGAUUUAGCCAUCGAUCGCCCAAGGCUGAGGAUGAAUGAGGCGCUGAUGGCUCUAUUACUGAGACUUGACUCGGUAUCUAGUGUUGAUCCCUCGUUGAGGGGCGCGAGGAGAAAGGUGAGCCGUCGAAUCGUGGGGUUGCAGAAGAUAGUGGACACGAUUUCAGAAAUGUUGUCGUCAGAACCCACGAAUACGUGGCACCGGAGCUCGCGUCCAAUGGAUCGCACCGAAACGCCGUUGAUUGGUGGACAAAGAUCCGGUUCAACGCCUUGGAUCGAAGCAUGGAGCAGCCGCCGCCGUUGUGUCGCACAAGGGAAUGAAGAAGAAGAAGAAGAAGAAAAAUAA